AUGAACAAACACACUUCUCCCAACUAUUCGCCAUCAAAAGAAGAAAAGAUGGGCUUGCUGGAUGAGAGACGGGGCUCAGAUGCUGCAACUGAUACUAGUGACAGCAGCUCGGGCACCGUAACUGGCGCCGGUAUCGCCACGACUCCAUCCCUAUCCCUCGCCGACAGUCGCUUUCAACUUGGCAUUCUUAGCCCUUCUGCCGAUACCCUCAAGGCACCAUUUGGCUUCAUUCGAUCGACGCCGUGGCGGAUUCUCAUUGUUCGCUUUCUUACUUUUCUGAUACCCAGUUUCUUGCAAGGCCGCCAUGCUCGAGAGCAGAUAUGCCCGGCCAAGCUGGCUCCAACGGCGUAUCUUGAUGGCAUGCGUGGCCUGGCAGCGUUGGUCGUCUUCUUUUGUCAUUACUUUUACCAGGCAUUCACUAUUGCCGAGGGAUGGGGCUGCGGCGAGACAAACUACCACAUCCUCAAGCUGCCGUUCCUGCGUCUCUGGUACCAGGGGCCUCCCGCCGUCUGUGUCUUCUUUGUUAUUUCUGGAUAUGCGCUCUCAUACCGACCUAUGAAGUUGAUUCGAAAUGGAGCAUGGCCCGACUUUUCCAACACCAUGAGCUCUUUAAUCUUUCGACGCGGCCUCCGUUUGUAUAUACCCACGGCCAUCUCGACCUUUAUGAUCAUUUGCCUCUUGCGAAUCGGCGCCUACGAGUGGACUCGUGACUUUGCCAACGAUAAGAAGUACAUGAAGAAUAUCGUAGAGCCCCAUCCGGCUCGCAUGGAGCACGCUUUGGCUCAGUACAAGGAUUGGCUCUUGCACAUGUUUAGGUUUAUUCAGGUGUUUAGCUGGGAUAAAUUCGGUGGAAGUACUUCUUACGAUGUUCAUUUGUGGACGAUUCCCGUCGAGUUUCGAUGCUCGCUCUAUCUCUUCCUCACCAUCAUCGGCACGGCCCGCCUACGCACGUCUGUCCGCUGGCUCACAGUUGCUUUGGUCAUGUGGAUUUCAUACCGCAAUAGCCGGUGGGAGCUGGUAUUGUUCUUUGUUGGAAUGCUCAUUGCAGAGAAUGACCACAUUCGUGGUGCGCAUGUCCCAACGCCCAAUCCAGCUUUGCCAAUGGACGAAAAGUCACGGACAACCAAGGCUAAGCUUUGGCCCAUCUUCUGGGCUCUCUUCAGCAUCCUUGGCUUGUACUUGAUGUGCCAGCCGGAUGGCCGAGGUGAAAUCACUCCUGGAUGGAUAUGGCUCUCGUCCCUCAUUCCCAAGUGGUGGAAGGAGGAAAGAUACCGCUACUGGCAAUCGACGGGUGCUGUCAUUUUCAUCAUUGCGGCGAAUCACUCGCCUCGAUGGCAGCGCUUUUUCAACCUGCCAGUGGUCCAAUACUUUGGCAAGAUCUCAUAUGCCCUUUACCUCAUGCACGGACCUGCCAUGCACGUUGUUGGCUACCAUUUCGAGAAGUGGGCAUACGGUGUGACUGGAGUGGAAGGAUACUGGUUUAAUGCUGGAUUCGUCCUGGGUGCGUGCUUCUGCAUUCCCACCGUGGUGUGGUGGGCAGAUGUGUUUUGGAGGGCAGUUGAUAUUCCCACUGUCAAGUUUGCCAAAUGGUUCGAGAGCAAGGUGAUUGUCAAAGCAUAAGAGGCAGAAGAGGCGGACAAGUACGGAGAGGGCAAGCGGCUUCUUUGUUUAGUAUGCAUGAACUAAGGAUUGGCAAUUAGAUGGCGUUUAUAGCGGGUUUUUUCUUUUCUUCUCUUUCAAUCUUUUCAUUUUCUCUCUUCUAGUUCGUUAUGAACAAUAUCGAAAUCUAAAUCUUGGAAUCCAUAUUGUCUCUAUACAGCCGUUUGAACGUCAAUAAUUUCUGAUCUGCACAGUUGCAGCAUCUUCUCAGAUGUACAAAGAAAUAAAAUAAAAUAAAUAAAAAAAUAAAAAAAUCAAUACGUUCCCAUUUCGAAACGCUAGUCCUGGGACUUUAAAAUCCAGAAUCAUGAAUAUUGUUAGGACGCAUUCAGUUGGCGUUGCACCUAAUAACAUGGCUGUUAAUCCCGUUCAUCCCGCGAAUACACCUUUCUACCUCCCACCCAAGUCUCUUUUACUUUGAGAGUCCGCAGCUUCUCGACGUCCAUGUCUUCUAGCGGCUCAUCAAGCACAACCCAAUCCGCAAAUGAGCCUUGUCUGAUGAUGCCCGCGCUAUGCUCCAAGAAGGCUCCAUAGGCAGCAUUCCGCGUGAAU